GAAGCACAUUUGAGUAAAGCUGAUACUGAAUUGUGCUAAACUUACCAUGCAUUGGAGCAAAGGAACUAAAGGCCAGCAGAAGGUCCUGACUGUGUGUUUAGCUCAUCUGAAACAGGCCACUUUAAAGAGUGCCUGCGACAUCAUAAUAGCCGUCAUGGCAACUGAAUCAGGCUGUAGCCAUGGCGAUGACCACAGCACUUCAGAAGGAGGAUGAUGAAAGGAGGAACACGCUGGAUAAUAUAUGUGCGCACUUGUGUUUUCGGUGCUUUAUAAUUAAAGCAUGUCGGCACCCAAACCCAACAGUGGCACAUAAUAAAGCUUUAAUUAUAUCCUAAAAACCAUACCGGCCAACACUUAGAUCCUCAAAGUGACUGUGAGGAGCAGCUGAAAUGAGCAACCUGUUAGCAUGUAGCGGAGACUUGUUGUUGUUGUUGUACCGAACUGAAGCUGAUGUUGAUCAUCAUGCUGUGCUGAAAUCUCAUGGCUGAUGGUGCUGGAGGUUUGAUUGAGCUGGAGAAGGGGAGGAGAGAUCCCUUUGUGCCCGGGCCUCCUGCCGUCUCCUCCACUGGAAUUAAUUAGCCUCUUUCUGAAAGGAGAUACCUUUCUAAUUUCAGCCCAUGUCCUGAAACACACACAAACACAACACACACACAUUAACAUCAGCAUAGACCAACUGACGGAUUAUAAACCAUCACAUUUGGAAUGGCAAUAAAAGAGGAGCUGCGGAGCCGUCAGUUUUGGCAGGGGAUCCUGGCAGAGGUUCUUGGUUCUCUGGUGUUUGUAUCUGCUGUUUUGGGCUCUUUAGUGCCGGGGCCGGAUGGGGUGUCCCCGGGACCCAUCUACCCUGCACUGGCUGCUGGUAUGGCAACUGUGGUUCUGGGAUAUUGCUUUGGUGAAAUCAGCGGGGCUCAGGUGAAUCCCGCAGUGACGGUGGCUCUCUUGGCCACCCGUAAGGUGGAUGUGUUGAGGGCUGUGGUGUAUCUGGUGGCUCAGUGUUUGGGUGGGAUCCUCGCGACUGGGCUCAUGUACCUCUCACUGCCUCUGAAGUCAACCGCACAGAACUACAUCAACAAGGUCCCAGUGGAGAUGAACGCAGGUCAAGCUCUUGGAAUGGAGAUGCUUGCUACGUUUCUUCUGGGUUUCACUGUGUUUUCUGUGGAAGAUCAACGCAGGAGAGAAAUAAAUGAACCUGGAAACUUAGCCAUUGGCCUUGCUGUAACCACUGCGAUCUUUAUUGCUGGGAGAUUUUCUGGUGCCAGCUUGAAUCCCGCUCGCUCCCUUGGUCCUGCUAUAAUACUGGGAUAUUGGGAACAUCACUGGGUGUACUGGAUCGGGCCAAUAUUAGGUGCAGUCCUAGCUGGAGUCUCUCAUGAGUUUAUUUUCGCACCGAGCGCAUCCAGACAGAAGCUCGUGGCCUGCAUGACCUGUAAGGACAUUGAGAUAGUGGAAACGGCCAGUGUGUCUCGAUCGUCACUGUCCACAGUUACACAGAGCGCCAUGAGACACAAACAAAACAACAAGCUGGAGCACAGCUGAGCUGACUCAGUUUUGCACAUGUAGUCAGUCACACAAACAACUUUAUUCAUGACAAAUCAACAGAACUGAGUUCUUAAAUACCAGUCUUACAUAAAUUGCAUUAUGCAAGUUAUUAAGAACAGAUUUUUAACAACAGAAGUUUGUCCUGCUGGUGAUUCACAAAUGAGGCUCAUCAAGCAAACAUAAUAGUUCUAAUAUAUCGAAUAUUUCCAGGGUCACACUUUACAAUAUGUUAAUAUUAGUUCUGAUUU